AUUCGAAACCCUCCCGUACCGCAGUUUCUGUUUCCCGUUAGGCUUCCUGUCUUCUUCUUCUCCGGCUCCGGCUCCGGCGACCGUCGGCGGCGGCGGCGAUGGGGGUCAAGAACCUCUGGGACAUCCUCGACUCCUGCAAGAAGAAGCUCCCGCUCCAGCACCUCCAGAACAAGAAGGUGUGCGUGGAUCUUUCCUGCUGGCUCGUGCAGCUCUGCAGCGCCCACCGCUCCCCGGCCUUCCUCAAGGAUAAGGUCUACCUCAAGAACCUCUUCCACCGCAUCCGAGCCCUCCUCGCCCUCAAUUGCAGCCUCGUCUUCGUCACAGAUGGGGCUAUUCCUUCUGUCAAAUUGGCAACUUACAGGCGCCGCCUCGGAGUAAAUGCUGCUGAGGCUGCUCGAGAGGAGGACAACUCACAACCCCUGACUUCUUUGCGCCGGAACAAGAGCUCUGAAUUCUCGCGCAUGAUAAAAGAGGCCAAGCAUCUUGGGAUGGCCCUGGGAAUUCCCUGCUUGGAUGGGGUGGAAGAAGCAGAAGCACAGUGCGCAUUGCUCAAUUUUUCCUCCUUGUGCGAUGGCUGUUUUACAUCAGAUUCAGAUUCAUUCCUUUUCGGUGCAAGGACAAUUUAUAGAGAUGUUUUCAUAGGAGAGGGUGGCUAUGUAAUUUGCUAUGAGAUGGAAGACAUUGAGAAAAAGCUUGGUUUUGGCAGGAACUCACUGAUAUCUCUUGCAGUACUUCUUGGCAGUGACUAUUCUAAUGGAGUUCUAGGCUUCGGCCCAGAAGCAGCAUGCCGGCUUGUUAAAUCUGUAGGGGAUGAUGCUAUUCUUGAUCAGAUUUUGUCCAAUGGAGUUAAGCCUACAAGAAAAUCUAAAGCAAAAAAUAGUGGCGUUAAUGUUGAGAGGGUUGGUGGCACAUGCCCAAAAGCAAGUACCUGCAAGCUUGGGAUGAGCCAAGAUUCUGGUGGUCAAUUUCGUGAUAUAAUAAAUGCAUAUCUGGAGCCAAAAUGUCAUUCACCUGAUUCAGAAGCUGUGCAGAGGGCAUGCAGCCAGCGUCCAUAUCUUCGGUCACAACUACAACAGAUAUGUGAGCAGUACUUUGAAUGGAGCCCUGAGAAGACUGAUGAAUAUAUCCUUCCAAAGAUAGCUGAGAGGGAACUCAGGAGAUUUUCAAAUCUUCGCUCCACGUCUUCAGAUCUAGGAAUUAAGCCUUCACUAAAUGAGAUUCCAGUACCAUGCCCUGUAUUGGCAAUUGUGAAGCAGCGAAAAGUUCAUGGUAAUGAAUAUUAUGAGGUUUCAUGGAGAAACAUAGAUGGGCUCCAAGUUUCAGUUGUUCCAGGGGAUCUUGUUAGAAGUGCUUGCCCAGAAAAAAUAGCUGAAUUUUUGGAAAAGAAGGAUGAGCAGAAGAAGCAAAAGAGGAGAGCUAGGCCAAAGAUAUCAGCUCCAGCUGCCAUUAAAGAGGUGGAUGCGCAGCUCCAAGAGUUGUUGCUUGAAAUUGAAUCUGAAAGUGGUACCCUUCCAUGUACAACGGCUGGCCCUCAAAAAGCAGAUAUACACACUGUGGCACCGCUCCAGGAUAUUGUUGACCUGUCUUCUCCAUCCCCGCCUAUACGAGCUUGUAAGAUUGCAAGGUCCAGAAAGUUUAGUGAAUCAGCUGCAGGACCCAUGGAUGGGAUUGAUCUGCAGAGCCAAAGUCUGCUACCUGGAACAAUGGAGUUACAAGAAAAUGCCCUUUUGUGUGACAUGCAGAAUUCAACACAGGAUAAUGACGUGAUUGAUUUAUUUUCACCCGUGCCUCGUGCUGCUCAUAAACCCCACGCCACUCAAGGCUUGCAACUCUGUAUGGAAGAAGGAAGAAGAGUCCUCUCAGAUAUAAGCAAUUUUCCUGAGAAAGGGAACACGCUGGGCGCUCUAGGUUACAAGCUUGAAGGUGGAGCGAGAGGCAACGACGUGCAUCCGGAAGAAGCAUCAUCCUCAAUCAGCCAUGGCAUCGAAGUGGCAGGCAAAGCUGAUUGUUCCUGGAGAAGCGACGCGGAGGACAAUGUAGUAGCAGAAGCUGCGACCAUCGAUCUGUCCUCCCCUUUGCCAGUUAUAGGGAAUAAAAGCAAGAAAAAUGUAGAUGUAAUAGACAUUUGUGAAGCAGAUAGUGAUAGGUCUUCUGAACACGAGAGGAAAGCCAGAGAGCUCAGGUCGUUUCUAGCCAGUAUAAGAAACGAGUUGUAUUGAACAUUGUUUAUAUAUAUAUAUAUAUAUAUAU